AUGGCCGCUGCUUCUCCAGCAAACAGCGACCCAUAUGGGUCGCCGGACUCAUCACAGUGGCGGCCUAUCUUGGCUGCCGCAUCCGGAGUGAAGGGUGGCGGCGGCAGGCUUGGCGGCGGCAAGGCUAUACCUGCUGGAUUAUUUGACGGUACUUUUCAUGUUCCGAAACUCAAUGGCAAUAAUUUUGCUGAAUGGAAAGAGAACUUACUCUUUACAUUAGGGUGUUUGGAAUUAGACUUGGCAUUCCGGACGGAUGAACCACCCGCUUUAACGGCUACCAGUACAGCAUUAGAGAUAGCUAAACAUGAAAGGUGGGAGCGAUCCAAUCGCCUCAGCUUAAUGUUUAUGAAAUCUCACAUUGCCAAAGGCAUUAGGGGUUCUAUCCCUGAAUGUUCUAAGGCUAAGGACUUUUUGAAAGCCGUUGAAGCACAGUUUGUGAGUUCAACUAAAGCCAUGGCCAGCACUCUAAUGAAUAGACUAUCAAGUCAAGCCUUCGAUAGUUCCAAAGGUGUGCGUGAGCACAUCAUGGAAAUGAGGGAUAUAGCAGCUCAAUUAAAGUCCCUUGAGGUUGAGAUUUCCGAAUCCUUCUUGGUCCAUUUGGUUCUCAACUCUCUUCCUCCUCAGUAUGGUCCCUUUAAGAUUUCAUACAACACACAUAAGGAUAACUGGUCAAUUAAUGAAUUCUUGACCAUGUGUGUUCAAGAGGAAGAGAGAUUGAAACACGAGAAACCAGAAAGUGUUCACUUGGUUGCUCGUGCUAAAGCAAAGACUAAGAAAGGCAAGGCUGCCCACCACUCCAAGAAAGGAAACAAGGUGUCAUUCAAAGGGAUUUCUCAAAACAAGGAAGCCGAUAAGAAGUGA